AUGGCACUCUCAGAGCCACCUAUCUGGUGUCGAAUAAUACGAGAUUUUGGUAUCAAUCAUCAACAGCCUGGACCUCUGUUGACUGGAGCUCAAGCACUGCAAAUGGGACAGAUCUGGGAGGAAGAAAUUAAGAGCUACAGGGAAAUUGCGACGAAUAUUAAAAAAUUCGUGGCAAGCUUCGUCGAGCCUAUUGCGAAAUUUGAUGUUAAACUAGCUGCUGAAUCGCCAAACUGGGUAGUAAGGUUGGGCGCUGCUUGCCGGAAAGUCGAAUGGACAUUCUUGAAGCCUCUUGUGCAGGACUUCAAUUCCCAGCUUAAUACUCAUGUUGUUAUUUUGGGCGCUAUAUCUAGCCUGUUAAAACUGUAUGCUGAAGCUCCAUUCGGUACUUCCUUCUACUGGAGGCCUCCCCCCGUAAAUACCACUUUAGAGUCGCUGAUCCCUUUGCCACAGAAAGUUGGCUGGCAAAAGUUUGAAUACACGAGACGACAGCCUAUGGUCUAA